ACCAUCUAUUUUUCAAAGUGCAUGCCUUUAAUGCAUUACAGACCAAAACUUUAUUCCUUUUCGGUCCUAAAAAAUCAGUCAAAAAUAUGAUUUCCCAAGUUUCUCAAAUCCAUGAUUUGAUUUGAUUUGCUUUUUUAAUUAUCUCCCACAAACUCAAUGAGGCUCAAAAUAUCAAUCCCGUUUCCACUCAUCAUCUUUACCGCAUUCUUAUCAUCUCUACUCUUCACCCCACUAACCACCUCUCAGCCGCCGGCGAUGUCGGCGCGUUCACUUGACGCGCUUCUCCAAGACUACGCCUUCAGAGCCGUACAAGUCCGUCCCAAAACCGGAGUCGUUUUCGACACCACGCUUCCCGAAAACCUCGCCGGCGUAAACGCCUCGGCGAUGAGGCUCAGAAGCGGAAGCUUGAGGACCAGAGGCGUCAAGAGCUACAGAGAGUUUCAGAUCCCAAUCGGAGUCGUCGAACAGCCUUACUCAAAACGCAUCGUUUUGGUCUACCACAACCUGGGGAAUUUUUCUUCCCGAUUUUACCCCUUGCCCGGUUUUACCUACUUGGCCCCAGUUCUGGGCCUCCUCGCCUACGACGCGACCAACUUGUCGGCGACGGGCUUGCCUGAGCUGGAAAUCCGGGCCUCCGAAGAGCCCAUUUCGGUCCGGUUUUCCGACGUGAAGUUUGAACAAAACGGCACGUCGUUUUCUCCCAAGUGCGUGUACUUCGAUUUGUACGGUUCCGUGCAGUUUGACAAUUUGUUGCGUGGGAAUGUGUGCCCGAUGGUCAAACAAGGGCAUUUCUCUGUGGUGGUCGAGGCCACGGCUCCUUCUCCUGCUCCCGCCGCAGAGGAAUAUUCGGGUGCCGGCAAGGGAAGAGGAAAGUCCAACACGGGGAAAAUAGUGGGGUCAACGAUUGGAGCGUUGAUUUUAUUGGGUGUGAUUUUUGUUGUCGUUUGGAAGAUUAAAGAGCGUGAAGACUUGAAGAAGAAGAAGGAGAAAAAGAAGAAGCUAGAGCAAGAAACGGAGUGGGGAAAUGAGAGAGAUGAGGCCUUGCAAGUGACGUCGUUUGGGAACAUAAAAGCGCCGUUCGCAAUGAUAACGAGGACGCAACCGGUUUUGGAGGAUCGUUAUGUGCCUUAGAUUAUUCGUUCGUCCAUACAGAUUUUUUCUUUAAAUUACUUUAUUUUGGAAGAGUUGUUUACGCCACAACAGAACAAAAAGAUGGGAAUGUCAAAAUUCAUUUUAGGCUGAUCGACUUUAAUUAGUGUUGUUAAUGGUAGCAUUUAUAUUGUUCGUCCUUGUACGACAUUUAUAUUGUUCGUCCUUGUACGACAUUUAUAUCCUCUCCUUAAGCGAACAAUAAAACUU